UAUAAUAUACGUAUAUAUAUUUAUCACGCUAUGGCGCCUCUAUCUAAUAACUAAGCGGCAAUACAUAUAAUUAAUAAUCCUCACAUUUACUGGCGUACUCAUAUUAAUAAGUCGUAAUUAAUUUUUUAUAGCGUGUGUUGGCUUUCCAUUUCUACUAGCUGCUAAAAAAGCUCAACUUAGUAAAGUUGAUUAAAUUAAUAAUUAUAGUCUAACGAUAAAAAUUACUAAAUUGUAAACGAAAGGAACAAUGUUCAUUUUAAAAUGUCAGCGAGAUAAUUCUUUUUGUAAAGUCGAAGAUAGUGAGGUUAUCUUUGAUAAAGAGAACCCACCAAACGAAAAUGAAAUUGUUAAAUUUCUUUACAAUGGAAAAGAAGAAUUGGGAGAAGUAGUUAUGAUAUCAGAUAACAACAAACAAAUAAAUAGUAAGUUUGAAGAAAUGAAAAAAAGUUUAAAGAAAAGACCACUUGUCAGCUUAUCUCCAGAAGGAAAUAAUAAAUCAAUGAUCCCUGAAAAAAGAACAAGGAAAUUAAAUUCCAAGUAUUCUUCACCAUCAUUUGAAAACUUGAAUCUUUUGAAGCCACUUAAAGUAGAUCAAGGCGAAAAAAAACGGGAACUCAAGGAUGACAAUAAAAAAAAAAGUGAUAAAUUGAAACAAUCGCAAAUUGAAAAAGAUAUUUUUUAUAAUAAAAGUAAAACUGUUGAAACUAAAAAGAAAGAAUGCAGCCCGACAAAAGAAGAAUUGAAAAAAAAAUUAACGGCAUUGGAAGAACAAAUGAAAAUCUCAAAAAAAUCAAGAGAAAAAGGACUAUUAAACUACGGAAAAACACGCCCGCCUGACACUCUUGCCUUAAAUAAAAAUAAUAAUGCGCCUGAAAAUGAGAAUUCUGCUACUGACAGUGACUCUGAUGUUAGCUCACAGAAAGAUGAUUUGAGUGAUUUGCAGGAUAGCAGUGGAAACCAAAUAAAUCUUGAAACUUCAAAACUAUCGAGCGUUAGUGAUGAUGAUAAAAAGGAAAAUAGCUCUCCAAACACAACAUUUAAUGACUUACAUGUAAAUAGUGUGACUACAGAGAGUCAUACUGAUAGCAACAAUGAUCCUGAUCUUUACGGUAAAGAUUGGUCAGAAGAACCCAUGAUUAAAUUAAUGAACAAGAUCUACUGUAAGAAGUCAGAGUAUGAGACUUGCAAAUCGCUGUGCAGCCAAGCUACUCACGUUGUCAGGAGAUUGAUCACCGGGGUUUUUAAGCCAAGCGGUUAUUUAGAUGCUACUUUGACUGGCCAAACUCCUAGAGCUCAUCAUCAAGAGGGAAAAGUAGCUCCGGUAAAAGCAUUAAAUUCUGUAGCGAAAGAUGAAAUUAUAGACUUCGCUAUCGCGUUGGCUAAAGCAAAAAAAUGGGUAACUCCAAAAGGAGUACCGCACACCAGAGAGCAGCUAGCAAGUGCUAUGUCUCAACGAAUUGGGGAAUUGAAAAGAACUCACUUAGCUAAUAAAAAAGCUAAUCCUUAAACGAAUAUCUUUCGGCUAACAUUUUUCUCUAUAUUAUUUUAUUUAAAUUAUACUAUUUAUCAAGUGAAGUUUAAUUUCAUAACUAUAUAUAGUUACUUAAGUAUACUUAAUUAUUAUUGAGAAAUAAUAAUUAUUAUAUUAUUAUACCCUCGCAGAUUUGAAUCACGGUGGAAACACCGUAGAAGUGUAAACACCGUGGAUCCACCGUGGUUACACGGUGGGUUUGUUCCAUUUCACCACCGGGUAUACACUGUGAUUACGUGGU